AGACUACUAAAAAUGAACAUUUUACUGAUGAUGACCAAGCUCUUAUUAAAGCCUACUGUAAAUAAUCACGUCGCAGUGAAAUAACCACUAAUUCUCGGGAUCAAACAUUGUAAGUGAUUAAUAGGAUUCUACUAGUAGUUCUUCAUUAAAAUCCAGAAUCUCAGUUUGCGUAAUUACAAAAUAGAGGAGGUUCUGAAAUAAAACAAUAAGUACCAAAAUGGAUUGUCCCAUUUGUAACACUGUAUCGACUCCGAUUCUGUUAAGGCCUCUCAAGUAUACAAUAUGCGGAUCUUGCUAUGAAGGGGCCAGAAGCGUUAUGGCCUUGAUGAACAAUAUGGACAGUAGUAAUGGCAUUAGUACUGUUAACAGAUCUUCUUCUCCCAACAGAAUUUCCGGAUCCCCAAGUUUAUCAAAGGGAUUUGUAAAUGCUCUAAGAUGGGUGAAGGAUUUGAAAGAAACCGAAGAAGAAUCGAAAGAAACAAUAUCAUAUCUUUCUGGAUUCGUGGCCGCAUUUAGAGAUCACAUCCAUCCCGAUAUUCAAGUCAAGCCCGGAAAUGGUCCUUCCAUUCCUGCACACAGAGCAUUGUUGGCAGCCAGAUCCACAGUGUUCAAGAACAUGCUUGAUUAUGAUGGAUGCAUGGCUCCACCUCAGGAAGUCGUGAAGCUUUGUGAACUAAACUAUGAGGAAUUACAAUCAUUCCUAGAGUUUCUGUACAGUGGGAAUCUGGCCAGAGAAAAGGUUGAAAAACAUGUGUACACUUUAUCCAUGGCUGCGGAUAAGUACGAGGUUUCUUUUCUGCAGAAAUUCUGCGAGCAACAUAUGCUUCAAAGCUUGAAUUCAAGCAAUGCUCUGGAUGUGCUGGAGAUCUCGGACACCUGUUCUAGUCAUACACUGAAGGAAGCUACCUUAAGCUACAUUGUACAGAACAUGGAGGACAUAGUUUUCUCGUCGAAAUUCGAUGAUUUUGCUCUCAAGAACCCGCAUUUAGGGGUGCAGAUCACCAGGGCGUCUUGUUUGGAAUCAAGGAGCAGAGAGAAUAGUUUCUGAACUUUCUGAAAGCCAUUCAACAGUUCAUCUGUUCCAUAGUUGAAGUAAUAAAAUCAUCAAACACGUUAAGGUUACGUGUUUGACGAUUGUCAAUUUUUUAGGCGUGGUUAAGGUUUGAUAUAUUACAGAUCUCAGGCUUAUAUUAUAGCAUUAUUAUUACAUUAGUAUAAUAAACUUGUAGUUACUUUUAGGGAGUUAUAACUCAGUAUAAGAAUGACAAACGAAAGUGACUCGUGACAUAACUUGGUGUGACGUCAUUGACGCGUAUUAGGCCUUAGGAAGGAAGCUGUCAAUUAAUCGGCGUUCUUGUGAAUUUUUAGCCGCCGUGAAAUCAUUAAAGAUAAUAAAGACCUAGCUAGGGUUGGAAACUGCUCUUGAAUAAAGGUAUGUGCAAAGUUCUCGAAUUAUCAUCAAGUAGGUCACCUUGUAUAAGUCCGUUAAU